GAAAAUUCAAAAAUCUUCGUCCGAUCCAGUGCGAUGCGGCGUGCAGCGCGGAAAGCGACAUGGAGGUGGCUUCAUCUUACAUAAUUACAUCAGGAUCACACAAGCGUCGAAUCGACGACUAUAAAAGCGGCGAGAUAAAAGGAUCUGCAUGCAGUGCAUCCUGGCAAUACCGAACACAAUGGCUGUUCGCGCUUUUAACCUAGUGUUCUUAUUUUCACUCGUGACGGCCCUCUUAGGGUUGCCAACUGUCAUUCCAGACGAGAAUCACACAUUACCGACCGACUUGCAACCGCCGCCAAUAGACGAGAAGGAACAUCAUGCAACAGUGUUCGUCCUUAAUCUAUACGCCGUGAAAAACGGUAGUAGCAAUGAGCCGGAGGAAAUGUAUCAGAAUGAAAUUAUCGAGGCUGUACCAGACAUACUGGAGCCAUUGGCCACCGUCCUUCUAGUGGUGGAGAACGACGAGGAGGAAAAGGAACAUCUACUGGUUGACCUCGACGAUUUCGCUGAGCAGUUGCAGGGCGAAGGUUACAAAGUCGAUAAGAUCAAUCAUAACGGCAUGACGAAAGUGCUCAAGUUGAGAUUGAGUAAAGAAGAGGCGCAGAAUAUGGUGGAAGCGGCUUCAAAGCCGCAUGAUGACAUGAAACCCCGUCAAAAGAGGACCAUUUGUUCCAAGUGUGGUGGUGGCGGAGGUGGAGGUGGACAUUGGGGAGGCGGUGGCGGUGGUUAUCCAGGCGGUGGCGGUGGUUAUCCAGGCGGCGGCUGCAGCAGUUGCGGUGGCGGUGGCGGCGGCGGCGGCGGCAGCGGCAGCUAUUCCCAGUCCUCAGCUUCGGCGCAAUCUUCCUCCGGCAGUUGGGGAAAGGGAAGGAAAUGAGCAGGAAAAGUACGCGUAUCCACGUGAACAUGUUGCCAUCAUAUAUGAUUAUUACUCGCGACUUUUUUAUCGCGGGUGUCAUCAUUUAGGUGUCAUUUUGGAUAAUACCCCACCAGUGUCUACAAUUUUGAGUAUGAAUAAUCAUGAGCAAUCGUUCCAAGCAUUAACUAUUUUAAUGAUCAAGAAAUAUGUUAUGUAACUGUUUGUUUUCCAACUAAUUACAAUAAUACUGGGAUUUAAGCAGCAAUUUACGGAUUAUAAUAAAGCUAAUCGUCUACUUGCUUCAUUCGCAUAUCAUCAAGAUAGGAGUGACGACAGUAACUAAUCAUCGAUAGAUACGGCAGAGUAAUACAUACCCUUUCAUAAAUUUAAUUUCCCAAAACAAUGUUGCGCUUACAAACAUCUUUACGAUCGCAGAGCGUGCAAUAAAUAAUGAUUUGAAAUGUUUGUUUCAACAAAUAAAAAUACACGAUAAAGCUUCUCAAUAAAUGAAUAAUGCACAAAA